UAGGGUGGUGCACCCUCAUGGCGUUGCGGAGGGGCUGUGCUGCUUUGGGCGCUUCUUUUCCCCGCGCUGACUGCUUCUUGUGAGGGAAAGGGGGACGGGGGUACCAGCCACGGCCGGGUCUUACCGUGCAGGCCUGCCCUGUCUCUCCUGGGGGUGUUGUGUGAGGAUGGGGCUCCGGGAGGUCUCUGUGCUGGUGCCUAGCUCGGCUCCUCGGCUUUACGGGGAAAACCGCUUUGGCCUUGGAAGAGCUGACCCCCCACUGUGCCUUUUUCAUAUAAAUCCUUAUGCUGCUAUUGCAUGCUGAUCCUUGUACGUACGCGAUAUUGGGUAUAACCAAGUUAUUAAUCGUUGUUGCUUGGUGCACCACCUGUUUCCUUAACAACAGGUCUUUCAAAUGGUAUUUUACCUAUAGGAAUGAAAUGGACUGUUAGGUUUCUUUCAGUGGCCUUGACCAUCCUGAUUGCAGCAUUUGGAACCAGACUGCGCUUCCAACUCUUCAGUUUACACUUUGGGGGGGUUACAAAGGCAGCUUGGAUUGGGUUGACUGAAUUGCAUAGGUAGAUAGGAUGAUUCUAAGUGCUCCCAUGGGGCUUGUAAAAUUCUUCUGCUCUGUGUACCCAUUCCAGUUAUAUAAAAAUAUCUGCAAGGAUUGAUUAAAAAGAUGAGUGAAGAUUCUAACAGAAAGCUGGGUAAAAACCAUGACAAGCUCAAUAAAAGAAAGCAGUGUCUGCUCUCCUGAUUCAACAGUAUCUUCUCUUUUAACAAGCUAUAGCACUGACAGCAAUAAUCCAUACUCAAACAGCUUGAUUCACUACAAGGACAAGCUUUACAGCUCUGCAUCUGAGGCUUUGGAGGCUUAUAUUGAAGAUUUUGAUUUAAGUCUCACAUCUUCAGAAAUACGCACUGGAAAAAUCUGCAUAUUUCAAAGCACUCCCAAACAAGUUAAGUUUUCAAAGCAUCAUGCCAAAGAAAAACAUGCACUGGAUGAUUUUAAACAGCAUGUAGGAUUGGGUUCUCUUGCUUCACCCUCUAGAACGCAGAGUGAGUGUGACCCAGACUUGAUUAGUCUUGCAACGGAUGAUCUGUUAGCACUUCCAGCAGAUGGAUCACUACCCUUCGUCCAGCGUACUCCUUUUAAAUCAAGGCAUCAAAGUAGUGAGUGGAACAGACCGUCCCUUAAAACAUCUUUCUGCCCUUACCAAACCUCAUCACUCAAUACUGAAAGUGGUUUCAGUCUCCAGGAGAAUGGGAAAGCUGUUGCUCACCAGAAUCCACACAAAGACUUCAGCAAAAAGAAAUGCAAUGUGUAUACACCUGAUAGGUACGAUUCUGUCUCCUCUAAAGGAAGUUUGAGACCCUCGUCUUUUGAAGAGGACACUCUUCCUUUUAAGAAUUAUCCAAGAUGGCUUACCAGUCAGAAGUCCGACUUAAGUGUAUCAGGGAUAAGUAGUAUUCCCAAUUUGCACUACCCAGUAUGGCUUAAGAGUUACAACCUUUUUUCUGAUUCAGCUAAAGAAAGCGAUGGUCAAAAUUUUAAUAUACAAGGCAAAGCUUCCUCUUCACAAGCUUUUGAGAUCCUGAAAAAAAGGCACUCUGUAGAUAAACGCAGUUCUGAUUUUUUUGAACAAAAUGGUUGCCUGUGUCUGGGAAAUGAUAACAAAGUAGAAGAAAGUUGCAACUAUGACUGUCCAGAUGGGUGCUUCCCUUUUGAUAACUUGUUUUCAAGGCACACUAAAAAGCCUUUCAGAGAAGACCAGCUUGAGCCACUUACCUCGAAGGCCGACAGAGGUGUGGAGAGUUCAACUGAAAAUUUGUCAAAUAAUCUGGAAAAUGAUGGCAGUCCUUCUACAACAGAUAUACUAGAAGCAGAAAGAUCAUGGGAAAAUGCUCCAGGUGCUUUCAAACCACUAGUGCCUGUGUGCUGUGAGGACAUGGAGAAUGCUCUACCAUUCCCCAAAGCAGAUAUCAUACACAAAUUCUUGGAAGACUGUUUAAAUGACAAAAAUAAGGAAAAUACUUCUUCUGGAGGUCAUCACCAAAGGCCCCUUGAAGCUUUGAAGCUAAUGUUGUUUAAACUUCAAGAAAUUCAGGCAAGUUUAAACCAGAAUGAAACUGCUGAGCAAAAGGAAGAGUUUGAAAAACUUUCUGAAAAAGCUGAGGCUGAAUUAAAACUGUGUGACAGUGAGAUAAUCCCUCUUACUAAUUCUAUUCAGAAGGCUUUACACCAUUUGUCACGUGUUAAAAGUCUUGUUGAAGAUAACAGUAACCAACAAGAGCAGACCUAUGAUCGUGAAGAUAAACAAGAAAAAAAGAAUGAUCUGUGAAGCUGAUAUCUAAGAAUAGUUUAAUAUUGUGUAAUUUAAAUAAUUUGUCAGCCUGACCACUGGUCAAUUUUUUUGCAAGCUGAACCACCAGUGCAUGUUCUCAAAAAUGUUGUAUUCAGUAUUUCUGUACAUAUUCGUUCAUUUCAUUAAUUACUUCAAAGCUUAACUGAGUGUUAGUGCUUUCAGUAGGAUCUAACAAUAUGUGACAAGGGAUACCACUUUUUAAGGAAUACUUAAUUAAAAUAAGGUGAACAUUUUCAUGCAAGAAUGUCUGUGUAUUUAUACAAAUUUACAAAAAAACUAAACUGUGGCUGAUUCUAGUCAUCACUUCAUUACGUGGCCUGUUAGAAGCAGGGGGAGCUCAAUAUCAUGUGUAAAGUUAAGCAGUAAUGUUUAGCAAUAAUGUAAUUAAAUAAUAUUUUCAGUGCUGUUCUUUCUAACAGGACUUGAGUUGAUGUAAUUUUACGUUCCUUGUUCCCCAACCACAAACUUACUAAAUAUAUUGUAUCAAAAAGUG